AUGUCUGUACACGGUACAAGCAACGGCAAAGCUCCUGCUGAGGAGCCUCAGCUUUCUCAACCACACCUGAUCAAUGUCCAACCUGCUCGCCCUGAUGAACUGCAGCCCAAAUAUGCUCAGAAAAUCCAACACGACGACGACAACCCUGAUGCGCACGGCUGGUAUGCCGGCCUGAUUCACAGCCUUGGUGAAUGCAUCGGGUUCCUCGGAGCUAUCCCCUGCUGCAUCUGCUGCCCCAACCCCUUCAAGCCCGUCGACCAAGGCGCAGUUGGUCUGAUCCAGCGAUUCGGACGCUUCGAGAGAUCUGUUGAUCCCGGUCUGGUCAAGGUCAAUCCACUCAGUGAACACAUCAUCACCAUCGAUGUCAAGAUUCAGAUCGUCGAAGUGCCCCGUCAAGUGUGCAUGACCAAAGACAAUGUCACACUCAACUUGACCUCCGUCAUCUACUACGAAGUGGUGUCUCCGCACCGCGCCGCCUUCGGAAUCUCCAACGUGCGACAGGCUCUCAUCGAGCGCACCCAGACCACCCUGCGCCAUGUGAUCGGAGCCCGCGUGCUGCAGGACGUGAUCGAGCGCCGCGAGGAAAUCGCCCAGUCCACCUCUGAAAUCAUCGAGGAAGUCGCGGCCGGAUGGGGUGUCAAGGUUGAGUCGAUGCUCAUCAAGGAUAUCAUCUUCAGCAACGAUCUGCAAGACUCACUCUCCAUGGCUGCGCAGUCUAAGCGUAUCGGCGAGAGCAAGGUUAUUGCCGCGCGCGCCGAAGUCGAGUCCGCCAAGUUGAUGCGCCAGGCUGCCGAUAUCCUGUCUUCGGCUCCGGCCAUGCAGAUCCGGUACCUGGAGGCCAUGCAAGCCAUGGCCAAGACGGCCAACAGCAAGGUCAUCUUCCUGCCUGCGCCAAACCAGACCGUGCAGUCUCCCCUUAACAUUGCGGAAGGUGCUGGCGAAGGUCCCAGCAACUACGGUGCCACAUCUCAGGUUGAUGAUGGCUUCCAGCGCGCGAUGAACGCACGUGUUGUUGAGGACAUCUAG